CUAUAUUCAAUUUCCCUCUCUUCAGGCAAAUGGAGACCCAACUUCAGCUGCUCUGCACAUUUUUUUUACUUGCCUUGCUUCAGCUCUCUGAGAAAACAAAUGGCAGUAAUAAUAAUAAUGAUGUGCUGAAAGUGGAACAGCCUGAGCGCCUGACAGCUGAAGUUGGAGGGUCAGUGACUAUCAAUUGUACCUUUGUUAAUAAGAACUACGCUUUCUCUGUCACAUGGUCAGUUUGUGAGGAAGCAACAGACCUCAAGAAUCAUUCAUGUUUCAAACAGAGAGUGUGGUUUGAGGAUGAAUACCACCGGAUAAUUACCAUUAGCAACCUGACAGAGAAUGAUUCUGCCAAAUACUGCUGCAGUGUCGAAUCUAGUAACAAGAAAGAGGCUGGAAAAGGAACCAUUGUGCAUGUGAUGCAAAAACAAUGUGCAACAGAAACUUGGACAAAAGAAAAAUGGUUAAUAAUCCAAUACAUCGUUAUAGGAUUUGAAGCUUUUGUUAUUAUUCUCCUGCUGGCAUUGCUUAAAAGAGCUCACAUUCAAAAUUCUUCUGAUGACAGAUUCAAGGUUAAAGGGAAGCAAGAACUACAGACAGACAUUCAUUAUGCUGAAAUAUGCAAGGAGCGACUCCAGCCCCAGCCAAGGGGCAGGCGUGCAGAGGAAAUGAUAACCUAUGCAUCUGUUGCAAUGCAGAAAUGAUGAUGUCAUAUAUGUGUUUUUGCUAAGAGAACUGAAUUAAACAACUGUGAUACAGAACAAUUUUA